AUGGGAGGUGUCAAGCGGGAUGAGACCCGGCAGGCUGGAGUCAGUGCCCAUACGCAGCACCGCAUCCCCCGGGAGCGGCAUCGGCACCGCUCGCAGGCCCCGCUCCGGGGGGAGAGCGCUGGGACUCCCUCUCCCCAGCGGCAGAGCGGGCACCGCGUUAGCAAGCCCAAGCCGGUGUAUAGAGCACAUGGGGUGUGUGCUGCUUCCCAGCAUGAAAAUAUUUUGAGUUUCCUGAAUUCCCAUGACUCCAUGCAGACACUUCUCGGUAAUCGCCGAGAGUUGCACACUAGAGCUGGAAAGCACGGGAUAAAGACGUGUAACUUGAGGGAAUGCGAGGCGCUGUUCGGCGGCCCAGGAGGCACUGCAGGAGAGGGCUCCCACCAGGCGCCGAGUGCUUUCGCCGGCGGGGAGCUGGGAGGCAGCGGAGGCGCCCGGAGACCCCCGCAAACACUCGCCCAGUGGCUCUCUCGAGCAGCUGUUCUUGCCAGGGGGAAUACGUUGUCCGUCUGUCUGUCCAUCCGUGUAUGUAGACAACUGGUGAGCGGGGCGAUCGUGGAACAAGGUUUCCCACCUGGAUCCGUCCCAUUCCCCCCGGUGGAUUCUUCUCUGCCAGCUGGUGUUCCUAAGCUUAGUUAUCGCUUUGCAUCAUCUCACAAGUACGUUCCCAGGCGAGCUGUGCUGUAUGUACCUGCGGAUGAUGAAAAGAAGAUACGAAAAAUCCCAUCGCUAGAUGUAGAUUGUGCGGUGCUGGACUGUGAAGAUGGUGUGGCUCUGAACAGAAAGAGAGAAGCAAGACUGACAGUUGUGAAAACCCUUGAAGAGUUUGACUUUGGCUGUGCUGAAAAGUGUGUUAGGAUAAACUCCGUGUCCAGCGGUCUUGCAGAAGAAGAUCUAGAGGUGCUUUUGCAGUCCAAGACCCUUCCUUCAAGCAUGAUGCUGCCAAAGGUUGAAAAUGUGGAAGAAAUAAGAUGGUUUUCAGACAAAUUCUUACAUCACCUAAAAGGCCGAACACUUGUAGAACCAAUGAAUUUUAUCCCUUUUGUGGAAACUGCAGUGGGCUUGCUCAAUUUUAAGGCUGUCUGUGAAGAAGCACUGAGAACAGGAUCCCAGGUUGGCUUUCAUUUGGACGCAGUCGUCUUUGGAGGAGAGGAUUUCCGUGCCAGCAUAGGUGCAACAAGCAGUAAGGAAACUCACGAUAUUCUGUAUGCCAGGCAAAAAAUAAUAGUCACAGCAAAGGCAUUCGGCCUUCAAGCAAUAGACCUUGUUUACAUCGAUUUCCGAGAUGAAGAUGGGCUCCGCAGGCAAUCAAGAGAAGGUGCCUCAAUGGGAUUCACUGGUAAGCAGGUGAUUCACCCCAACCAAAUUGCUGUUGUCCAGGAACAGUUCUCUCCGAGCCCUGAAAAAAUAAAGUGGGCGCAAGAACUGAUUUCUGCUUUUGAAGAACAUCAGCGAUUAGGCAAGGGAGCGUUUACUUUCCACGGGAGCAUGAUCGACAUGCCAUUACUGAAGCAGGCACAGAACAUUGUUACGCUUGCCACAGCCAUCAAGAAAAAAUGAGCUGGUAAAUGAAGCUCUCACCAUGGGGCCCCAGUAGCUGUUUUAAAAGAUGACUAUAAUACUUGGGGGGGGGGGGAAUUAAAGUCAAGCUUAAGCAGAAAUUCAUUUCCAUUUUGCAGAUCUGUCAUAAUUUUCUUGCCAGAAUUGCUAAUUACUAUAACUAUUCCCAACGCAAACCGCUGCUCGCUCCUGCACAGCCCAUGUACUACUCGUAGCCUGCGAUGAAGUUACAUCACUGACUGUGUGACAUCACGAUAAUUACUACGAACGCAGGACUAUGACUUCACUAAGCUGUGAGCUCUGUUAAAAGAGCAGAUGAAAACCAGGUCAAUCGCUUCUGUUUGUAUCUACGCUUCUUUCCCGCUCCAGUGCAGAACUCCCGUCAGAAAGGGCAAAGCCUCAAAUAAUUACGCACCGGUUGAAAUAAUUGUGAUGAAAAUCAUUGCCCUGUGCUGGCUUCGCAUUCCCCUCCCACCCCCUUCUGUAAAUGUGCAACAGCCAUUAAAAAUAUUGCUCCGAC